GUUAACAUAGUCAACAGACAGCAAGUAAAAGUGUGAGCAUGUGAAAUAAUAAUGAAUGUGAAUGCAGCCCUGAAGAAAGUUUCUGAUUCUAUCGCAGGCAGUCAAGAAUAGAAUACAUGAUACAAUGAGACUCAUAUAUCGCUACAUAAUGGCAAAACACGUUCACCGGGUUCGCUUUGCUUCUGACUUUCGAGUUAGACUCGACCCGGCCCGACCCGUUCCGCUGUUCCGAUUGAAAGACAAGUGAAUAGGCUACUAGUGGAUACAAUCUAGCAGGUUUUUUUUCUCAAAGAUUAUGUUGAGUAAAUGAAAAGGCCACACAUCUAUUUAUUUAGGAUACAAAAUCACACAGCAUCUGUCGGAAGGAAAAGCUGACCGCCAACUGAACCCAUCUAAAAGGAUUUGCCCACAUAGUCUAAUGUAGAUCACGACCUAGGAAGGAGCCGAGGGAUUUAUUUAGAUUUCCAACGCAUAGAUUCCCGCCAUCUUAAAACAACCGUAAAUGAGUCGUUUAAUGCCAUAUUAAUUGGUGCUAUUAAUAAAACAAUAACAUCCAGAGGCAGGUUCUAUUUUUAACCUUCAAACGCACCAUCGGCACAAAAGCUUCACCCCCUACUCAAAGUAAAAAGUCAUCCUAGCAAUCCGUUUUGGGGUCUUCCAGGCAUGGUGCUAGAUUUGAAAGCACAACGUUGAUACGUUUUCAAUCAAAUGGUGGUCCAAAAUAUCCGAUCCAUUUUGAACGAAGCGUCAGACACCGAAGAGUAACUCCCUGUAAAUUCGACUUCAUAGGAGAUUUGUAAGGGAGAGAUUUGCGUGUGAUCCCUCCCCUUGCUCUGCCCUUAAAAAAAAACAAAAAAAACAGAAGCGUGUGUGUGUGUGUGUGCGUAACGCGCGCGCGCAGUUUGUGAGGCAGAAUUGCGUGCGAAGAGCUCGACUUGUCAUUCGGAGGAAUCUGCCACCUGAAACGCGAGGAAGUGAGCGGCGACUCAAUUGGGUAUAAAGCAUCAACCACAUCUGCCUCGAGCAUUGCAAACUGAUGAAAACAUCAGUUUGGAGUUGCUUGACUUUCUCUGGGUCGCUCCUCUGGAAUAACUGUCCAUUUAUGCAACCAUAAACAUCUAUAAUUUCUCCUUGUCAAUUGAUACCCAAUAUUGCCAUUAUACUGGAACUAAGAAUUUCUGACAGGGAAUCCUGCGCACCUGUUACAUACAAGGAGCGCCACACCAUGAUACCACCCGGAGACUGCAUGUAUGCCGGUAGGAAAAGACGGAAACCGGUUCAAAAACAGAAAUCGGUGCCGGCGAACGAGAAGUCCAACCCGUCCAAGCGGCACCGGGACCGGCUGAACGCGGAGCUGGACCGGCUGGCCAGCCUGCUGCCGUUCUCCCCCGAGAUCAUCACCAAACUGGAUAAACUCUCCGUCCUGCGCCUCAGCGUCAGCUACCUCAGGGUCAAGAGCUUCUUCCACGUCAAUCCGGAGAAACCGACCCGUAAACACGUCAGCCAGCCGCCCAAUCAUGAGGUCAGGACUGACGGUCAGCCGUCCAUGGCUGGAGUGGCUGGAGUCCCUGAGAGCACGCUCUUGCUUGAGUCCCUGACGGGCUUUGCACUGGUGAUAAGCAGCGAUGGGAUGGUCUUCUACGCAUCGUCCACCAUCAUUGACUACCUGGGCUUCCAUCAGACGGACGUCAUGCACCAGAAUGUCUUUGACUACAUCCAUGUGGACGACAGACAGGAGUUCAGACGGCAGCUCCACUGGGCCAUGAACCCCACGCAGCAGGGGUCCCCUCAGGACACACACUCAGCUGCAGGAACUGGUGAAGACUUUGUGGUGAACAGGCUUUUUCAUUCUCAAGAGUCUGGCGCCAUUCCUGCAGAACUUUGUCCCUUCCUCAACCGCUGCUUCAUCUCCAGAGUGAGAUGCCUGCUAGACAGCACUUCUGGCUUCCUGACCAUGCAGUUUCAGGGCAGGCUGAAGUUCCUGAACGGCCAGAAGAAGAAGACGCCUUCUGGCGCCCCCUUACCCCCUCAGCUGGCACUCUUCUGUGUGGCCGUGCCCCUCCUGCUGCCGUCCAUCACGGAGAUGAAGAUGAAGACGAUGAUGAUGAGAGGCAAACACAAGGGGGGCAGCAGUGGGGUUAUUACCCCUCUGGAGCACAGUGAAGACCAGUACAGGCGGCACCCCGUGGCGGGCGGUCUGGGGGAAGGCGGAGAGGCCCUUCUGUUGAACUGCUCAACCCCGGUGCUGCGCCACCACACGCCCUGGACGCCGCUCUCCAAAGACGCCGGUGGCCUCAAGUACAAGAGCGACGGUCACUACAGCAGCCAGGAUGAGCCGCUCAACUUCUGCAAGUCCCCAGGUGCCGGCUUGAGGGGUCACGUGCCAGACGGCAACUGGGCGCUGAGGGCCGGAUCGGGUGGCAAUUACAGGGGCAACCUCAACAUGUCCCCCACAACCGCAGCGCGUCUGGGGAAGGUGGGGCACUACGGCAAGCCCUACCGGAUGUCGCCCGGCUAUCACAGUGCCAGGGCGGACGUCUACAUGCCCAAGCUGUACGGGGGCUUGCAGUGCGGGGGAGGAGGCAGUGGUGGUGUUGAUGGGAUUGAAGGUUACUGUACAGUUGACGGUAUCAAGAGCGAGAACGGAGGCUACGAGAGCCACGGUGGCAUGUGCUAUGACGGUCGGCUGCUGCCGCAGAUGCCCAUCAAGGUGGAGCAGGACUCGGACUCGGAAAACGGCUGCGACGCCUACGGCCGGCCCUGGGGCAGCCGGCAGCCGUUCGACCGUCGCUACGGCAACGGUGGCGGGGACUACGAGAGGGGUGGGGUGGCUAUGCAGAUGAAGGCAGAGGGUGAGUACUACGAACAGUACUCCCCAUGCCAGAGGAGCAAAGCCAUCAUGUCACCCACUCCCUUCAACGGACACUACCAGAACCAGUGUGGUACCAGCGGCACCGGGUCCGGUGGUGGCAUGGUGGGUCGCCCACUGAAAUGCGUCCUGAACAAAGAACCCCCUGCGUCAACCCAGUUCAGCCCACCUCAGGGGCUCGCCCAGACCGACCCGCUCUGUGGCAGCCAGACGGCCAACUGCAUGGACGGCCAUAGCCAUGGCUAUGGCGCCGGCGCCAUGCUGGACCACAAGGGCUACGGGCCUCAGGACUACAAGCUGGGCUACGAGGUCAAAGGGCAUGGGCUGCUGCACUCCAUCAAACGCGAGCCCAUGGACUCCCCGCCAUGGCAUGAUGGAGGAGGAGGAGGAGGAGGAGGAGGCGGCGGCGGGCACGAGCCGCCACCGGUGGCCCUGCAGAGGGGCGUCAUGCCAAACUGCAUGAUGGGAGCCGUGCCACACAAAGCCAACCCGUACAUUUACAUGCAAUAGAUGCUAAAGCAAACCACCUCUCAAAUGCACUGUCACUAGCGCACAAUCUUUACAAACUGAUUCAGCUCAGGUUUUGAGUACUUUAUCAACAUUUAUUUUGUCACAAGAGUAAGGAUCUUUAUGUUUGUUUGGCUUUUUUGUUGUUUUUUUUGUUGAAAGGAUGAUUUUUCGAAUAUGCACUUUUACUAUAGAGUGAUCAUAAACCCUUUUCCUGACUCACACCAUUUCUGUUUGUGUUGUGUACAACAGACAGUGUUUGUUGUCAAAGUCUGACCUGUGUAUGGCAUUGUACAGAGUGGGAUGUCCUUCACUAAAGUUAGACAGUUGACUAUUCCUCUGUGAACUUUAGGGACUGACUGAGAAAGUUAUGGUUUAUACCACAACAAUGUACAAAGUUUGACUUCACAAAAUCAAAUGAAUUUUUUCUUUCACGAUUUAUGUUGUUUUUGUUUUGUUGAAAUAAUUUAUCAGUGUAACAGUUAAUGCAUGCUUAUUUUUAAUCAGGUCUCUUUUGAAGAAACACAUCUAAACUGAAGGAUUGAAUUAACGAAUGGUACUGUGUGCAUAUUUAUAUGAGUGUAUGUUUGUGAAUGAGAAUGAGAGUGGAUGAGAGACAGACAGAGAGAGAGAAAGAGAGAGAGAGAGAGAGAGUUUAGCAGGUUUUGUAUUUUAUAUCAUGUUUUGACAAGGCUGCACUAAUUCUUUGUUAUUCAAAUGCCCCAUUUCGAUCAUUUUGUAGACAUAAAAUCAAAUUCAUCCAAUCCGAAUGUUAAUCACAUUUGCAAUUUGUUCUUUGAUGAGAAACAUCCUUCAGUAAGACUACUGUGUUUUUCUACUAUCGUCUUCUUUUUAAAUUUUGCACUAUUGCGACUGGAUAAUCUGUAGAACAGCUACCUAGACAUAAUGUCAAAUUGACAUGCACAAACAUUACAACACCACGUUACAAUUUUCAUUUGAUGUUUGUAAAGGUUUUAUAAAAUCCAUUCAAGGUCCCAUACCGAGUAUUUAUUGUCUUAGGGGUUUGUGUAUUUAAACAGAAUCACGAAGGAUUAAAGAAGACUUUUGUCUAUGCUAUUACUCUGACACAUUAACAACAACAACAACAAAAACAAAAGACUCACACAAGUUCUUUGGCUAACAUUGUAGCUGCAAAGCAGCACCUAUCUGAUGCAGCAUUUUCUUGUUUAUUUUCUGUGAAGCUUUUCCAAACCAUGUUGCAAUAAAAAGACAUUGUUUUUCAGCGAA